AGUCGACUCCACAAAUUUCCUCACGAAUCAGGCGCAGAGGGAGGGGAGAAGCAGCGGGCAGCCGGCGGCGAGGCGGAGAAGAUGUCGUACCUGCUGCCGCACCUGCACUCCGGCUGGGCGGUCGACCAGGCCAUCCUCGCCGAGGAGGAGCGCCUCGUCAUGAUCCGCUUCGGCCACGACUGGGACGAGACCUGUAUGCAGAUGGAUGAGGUGCUGUCAGGGGUUGCUGAGACCAUAAAGAACUUUGCUGUAAUCUACCUUGUUGACAUAACUGAGGUUCCUGACUUCAACACCAUGUACGAGCUGUAUGACCCAUCGACAGUGAUGUUCUUCUUUCGCAACAAGCACAUCAUGAUUGAUCUUGGGACGGGAAAUAACAACAAGAUCAACUGGGCAAUGAAAGACAAGCAAGAGUUUGUCGACAUUGUGGAGACUGUCUACAGAGGAGCUCGUAAGGGCCGUGGUCUGGUGAUUGCGCCCAAGGACUACUCCACCAAAUAUCGUUACUAAGGUGUUUUGCGCCUGGCAGCCCAUGUGUAAUUUCUGGCCUAGUAGAUUCAGUAUAAUGCCAGGCUGCCAGUACUCAGGCAUGUGCCCCUUGAUGUGAUGUCUGUCAAUCUCAAAAAGUGUUGCGUAACUACAUGUCUGUAUCUUGAAUAUUGAUGUCAUAAACAUGUAAUCCUUGGAAACAGGACCUGUUGUCCAUUGGUAUGACUGAUGAAACAGAUUGUUUGUCUAAUUCAAUGUGAAUUGCUGAA